AUGGAAGAGGAGGCUAUCACAUUGAAACAACAGGAUGAUAUUACAGGGAAAGAGGAAGAUUGGGAAGAGGUUGUCAGAGUGGAAAAUGAGGACGUAGAAGCUUUCAGAAUCAAAAAGGAUGAAGAUCCCGUAACAUUGAAGAAGGAGAAUAUAGUGAAAGAAGAGUUAGAACCUUUCAGAAUCAAAAAUGAGGAAGAUGCCGUAACAUUGAAGGAGGAGAAUGUAGCGAAAGAAGAGGAAGAACCUUUUGGAGUAAAAGAGGAAGAGGAGGCUAUCUCAAUAAAAGAGGAGGAAGAUGUUUUAGGAGUGAAAAAGGAGGAGGAGUCAGAAUAUCCGAUUACCAUCAGAGAGAGACAUGACGAUCCUGGAUCCUCUGGGGAGCCUCAACAACAUCCUGAUGCUGACGAGGCAGAGAAGAGUCUCUCCAGAUCAGAACACCAGAUGGACAACGCUAGCCCUUCCUCUCUCCCGGAGUCCCCGUGUCAUGCCUCUCCCGGUAGCACCUUACUGCUGGGUAUGAAGAGAUUAUCUGUGCUGCUGGUGGACUGCAGGAAAACAACGGGGCUGAGUGGAACUGUGAGAGGAGGAGAAGAGAAGAAAGGAUCAGAUUUGACUCAUCAAAGAGAAAGACCAGACUCCCAGGAACCAGAGACGUCCAAACCAACAAGACGACACCACUGCUCCCACUGUGGAAAGGGUUUUAAACAGUUACGGGACCUGAAACAACAUGAGAGAAUACAUACAGGAGAAAAACCGUACCACUGUGCCCAGUGUGGAAAGAAUUUUAACCACAAAGGAUACCUGAAACAACACGAGCGAAUACACACAGGGGAGAAGCCUUACCACUGUUCCCAGUGUGGAAAGAGCUAUAACCAGAGAGGAUACCUGAAAAAACAUGAGAGAAUUCAUACAGGGAGGAGUUUUAACCAGAAAGGACACCUGAUGCAACAUGAGAGAAUACAUCCAGUGGAGAAGCCAUACCACUGCUCACAGUGUGCAAAGAGGUUUACAAGGUUAGGGGGCCUGAAAAUACACGAGACAAUACAUACGGGAGAAAAGCCGUACCACUGCUCCCAGUGUGGAAAGGGUUGUAACCACUUAAGUGGCCUGAAAAGACAUGAGAGAAUACACACAGGGGAGAAGCCUUACCACUGCUCCCAGUGUGGAAAAAGUUUUACCCAGUUAUGUAACCUGAAAACACAUGAGCGAAUACACACAGGGAUGAAGCCUUACCACUGCUCCCAGUGUGACAAGAGUUUUAAGGAGUUAGGUAACCUGAGAAGACAUGAGAUAAACCACACAGGAGGUAAGGAUGUAGACUGUUAAACAGUAGGACAUAGGACAGAUGUAGGCCUCUGAACACAAGGACAUAGUAGAGGAGAAUGCCCAAUAAAUUGUGGGGCAGUAGGAUAGUAGUCCUUCUUUCGUUCUUAAUGCAUUUGAGCCAAUCGGUUGUAAUGUGACAAGGUAAGGGUGGUAUACAGAAGAUAGCCCUAUUUGUUAAAAAUAUUAUUUCAAUAUUAGGGCAAGAACAGCUCAAAUAAGCAAAGAGAAACAACAGUCCAUCAUUACUUUAAGACAUGAAGUAAGUCGAUCCGUUUCUUCAUGUGCAAAACCAUCAAGCGCUCUGAUGACCGCCACAGAAAGGAAGACCCAGAGUUACUUCUGCUGCAGAGGAUAAGUUCAUUAGAGUUAUCAGCCCCAGAAAUUGCAGCCCAAAUAAAUGUUUCACAGAGUUCAAGUAAGAGACACAUCUCAAAAUCAGCUGUUCAGAGGAGACUGCGUGAAUCAGUCCUUCAUGGUCGAAUUGCUGCAAAGAAACCACUGCUAAAGGGUCACCACUAAGAAUAAGAGACUUGCUUGGGCCAGGAAACACGAGCAAUGGACAUUAGACCGGUAGAUAUCUGUCCUUUGGUCUAUUGAGUCCAAAUUUGAGAUUUUUGGUUCCAACCGCCAUGACUUUAUGACAUGCAGAGUAGGUUAAUCUCCACAUGUGGUUCCCACCGUGAAGCAUGGAGGAGGAGGUGUGAUGGUGCUUUGCUGUUGACACUGUCAGUGAUUUUAUUUCAAGUUAAUGGCACACUUAACCAGCAUGGCUACCACAGCAUUCUGCAGCGAUAUCCAUCUGUUUUGGGCUUAGUGGGACUAUCAUUUGUUUUUCAACAGGACAAUGACCCAACACACCUCCAGGCUGUGUAAGGGCUGUUUGACCAAGAAGGAGAGUGAUGGAGUACUGCAUCAGAUGACCUGGCCUCCACAAUCACCCGAUGUCGAUCCAAAUGUGAUGGUUUGGGAUGAAUUGGACCGAGGUUAGGAAAAGUGGCCAACAUCAGCAUGUAUUGGAACUCCAACAAGACUGUUGGAAAAGGAUUCCAGGUGAAGCUGGUUAAGAGAAAGCCAAGAGUGUGCAAAGCUGUCAUCAAGGCAAAGGGUGGUAAUUUUGAAGAAUCUAAAAUAUAUUUUGAUUUGUUUAACACUUUUUUUGGGUUACUACAUGAUUUAGCGUGUUAUUACAUAGUUACGAUGCCUUCACUAUUAUUCUACAAUGUAGAAAAGAGUAAAAUAAAGAAAAAC